AUGGAGGUGCCAAAAGCCCGGGGAGCAGGCAGAUCAGGGCCACGGCGACGAACAGGCUGUCUAACCUGCCGAGCCCGCAAGGUCCGCUGCGACGAGGCCAAACCCCACUGCUCCAACUGCGACCGACUCCGCCUGGAAUGUGUGUACAAAGGCCCUGACGAGGCUUCUACAUGGACAUCGCGCGAGGCCUCAACUCACACACAACUCUCGGUCGCUGCACGCUCGCCCGACCUCAACUUCUUCAAUACCGUGCUCCGCUCCGAUGACAGUGCGAUCCCCGCCCCGGCCCUGCGCCAGCUCCCGGGUGUCUACCCCUCUGAAUUCGACAUGCUGGGAUUCAUGGGCGGGAUCACCUCGGAGCUGGAACAGAAGCACUUGGACUUGACCGGGCUCGCGGCGACGUUCACCGCCAGCCCGCAGUCGCUGCCCGCGGGGAUUGGGCUGGACGAAACGCACUUCGACCGCCGAACGCCGCUGAGUCCGGAUGCGCCUUCGCUGAUGGAUGGGUCUAUUGGGAGCUCGGAUUUGGCGACGACGCGAGGCAGCUGGUCUGAUCCUGGGACCUCGUACGAGGAUCAGCUGCUGCAGCACUUUAUGGGCGUGGGGGCGCCAGCGGCGCUCUUCGCACCGGUCAAUAUGGAGUGGGAAUAUGUGCGGCCGGCCUUGCUGGCUCAUGCGCGCGAUUUCAGUCCGUUGCAGAAUGCUCUGUACUGCUAUGCGGAUGUGCAUAAGGCAAUGAUGGAGGGCAAGCGAUGGCGCUGGGCGCCGACCUACCAUCGGGUCUCUGGGGCAGAGAUUCAAGCUUGUCUUCAUGGCGAGGUAGCCGAGUCCAUGCUGGUCAAGGUCUUUGGUGCUGUCUUUCUCCUUAUGAUAUCCGAGCUUCUCUCAUCCCCUGAAAUAUGCGCCGGGACAUCAUAUCUUCAUUCGGGAUACCUCAUUCUCCAACGGUUCCACAACCGCACCCGACACUGGACAGGCCUCGGCCACCUCCUUGUAUCAUGGGUCUCCCUCCUAGAUGUCAAGUCCCUCAUCGCUGGCCGAGAAGGAGACCCCCUCAUUGACCUCGGCAACAUCCCAGAACACGGAGUGACACUCCGACCUCAAACCCAAGUAUCCUCAGCCGACAGCAAAGAAGACAGCGCCGAAGACCCAUUCCGCAGUCCCAGCUAUCUAGUCUACGACGCAAUCGUGGGACCAGCCUUCCGCUUCCUCGUCCAAGCCCAACAAAUCGUCCGCCGCAUCGUCAACAUAGACCUCCACCAUCGCAGCCGCGGCACCCUGAGCGACGAAUUCGAAGUCCUCCAAAUCGCCCACAAAGUCGGCGCAGACCUCGAAACUCUCUGGCACCGCCGCCCAGCCGUCAUAGACGUCUACAGCCGUCCAGACUCCCUGAAAACCACUCUGUGCGAGCCCGUCGCCCUCGAAAUCUGUCGCACAUUCCGCCAAUACGUCGCUACCUUCCUAGCCAACUUCAUCUACCUGCACCGCGUCGCCUUCGCCAUUUACCCUCGCACAGACCGCGUCAACGGCGCAGUCGACCAGAUCAUCCAGCUGGCCACGGUUGAGUCGGCCAAUCCCGCCCAUCUGCCCAUCAGCUUCCUGUGGCCGAUGUUUGUGGCCGGUCUGGAAGGAACGGGCGAGCAGCGUCGAUGGAUCGUCUCGGAAAUGCAGCGUAUGGCCGCUGUGCAUGAGGCGGAGUCGGAGCCGGCUUCGCGGCUGGGUCGUCAUCCGUCUGCGGAUAGAGUGUUGGUGCUUUUGGAGGAGAUGACGAGGCGUCAGGAUGCGUCGCGGACUUGGGCUGACUCGAAGUGUGUUAGGCGGGAGUUGUUUUCGGAUUUCUUUGUUAUGAUCUAA